AGUAAACCCGUUAAAGAUCACACCGCACUGUUAAUGAGACGAGAGGGCAGGUCUCACGGUGUAGUGUGCGGACUACAACACCGGCGGCUUUCCACGUGUGACGUCACGCGCGCCAUAUUGAUUUUUUUUUCCUCUUUCCCCUUCAACUGUAGCCAUUAGCACGCCGCUUCGUGGUGGAUUAACACGCUCGAAAACAUGGAAAUAGACUCCCUUCUUGAGGCUCUAAAAGAUUUCGAGAAAAAAGGGAAAAAGGAAGUGUCUCCAGUGUUGGACCAGUUUCUAAGUCAUGUCGCUAAGACCGGAGAGACCAUGGUCUCAUGGUCGCAGUUUAAAAGCUACUUUCUGUUCAAACUGGAGAAGGUGAUGGAGGACUUUCGUGCUUCAGCGCCAGAGCAGAGAGGACCAGCGAACCCUAACGUGGAGUCCGUCCCGUUUGAGGAGAUGAAAGAGAGAAUCUUGAAGAUCGUCAAUGGAUACAACGGGAUUCCAUUCACUAUCCAGCGCUUGUGCGAACUCCUCACAGAUCCCAAGAGGAACUACACAGGAACGGAGAAAUUUCUCAGAGGGGUUGAGAAGAAUGUAAUGGUUGUCAGCUGUGUGUAUCCCACCUCUGAAAAAAAUGGAUGUAGUGGUGUUAACAGAAUGAAUGGAGUCAUGUUGCCAGGUAGCACGUCCAUAUUCACAGAAAGGAAAGUGAAUGGGCCUGGAACACCCCGGCCGAUGAACAGACUGAAAAUUUCCCCAUCUAGCUCACUGGCCACAAACGGUCUGCUGGACAGCACCGAAAACAAAGAUUCAAACACAACCGUGGGCCACAGCAAACCUGUUGGUGAUGUGUCAGGUCUUGGGUCACCCUUGAAUAGCUGCAUAAAAAACAAGCAUGCAGGAGAGGAAGAAGACUCGGAGGAAGAGCAACAGGAGGUUAAGAAGCUCAAGUUCAGUGAGGAAGCAGGUGAGGAGGACGAGGAAGAAGACACUGAAGUUGAAUCAGAUGACAAGACCGUUCAAUCUGAGGGGAUGUCCGAUGUGUCAGAAAGCGCUGAGUCACCAUCCUCCAUGAUGGAGGAGAAACAUGAAGGGCAUGAGGAAGAGCGGGAGGAUGCCAUUUCAACGGCAGCUUGUGAGGACCAAGAGCCGUCCAGUACUCAGUCCGAAUCUGCAGAGCGGGAAGUUCCUUCCGGCUCCGCCCAGGAACCCAGUGACAUGGACCAGUCAGAGCAGACAGCUCCUGCUUCCAGCCCUGAGAGGCAGGAUGUGGGAGAGGAGUCUAGUGAGCCGGACAGUAGUAGUAGUAGUAGUAGCAGCAGCAGCAGCAGUAAUGAGCCUACUGCCGGCCCUGCCGCCUCUUCUGACUCCACCCCCAGUGGUGCAGACUCGCCCACAGAGGGCAGCGUGGAGUUGGGGGAUCUAGACUUAGAAAACACAGAAGAGCCUAUGGAGCAGGAUUAAGAAGCUUCUGAAACACAAACUUUGUAGCAUAAACAACAACAACCAGCGUGUGAAGAUUUGAUAACACACUAACAGGACAGGCUCUUUUAACUAGGACCACCGACAGCCUUUUGGUCCAGCAUCACUUACUUUUUCCAGCUCACUUACCUGUUAUGGGUGGACACACUAUGCUGGUGUACAUAUGUGAUGUUUUUUGUUUGUUUGUUUGUUUGUUUAUUCACUUUCUUUUUAGUUUUGUAUUGAAGGUUUUAGACUGGAAGUUUAUUUUCUAUUAUUCCCCCCUCACCUAAGUACCACUGAAUGCAGCUGGUCUUCAAAGGCAUUUCCUCCUCUGUUAUUGUAGAGUCGAGGGAUGAUGAUCUCUCUUUUGGUUCUUUUGUUUUUCUUUUUGUUUUGUUUUUUGGCAAUUUAGUUACACAGACUUGUUCUAGAACAGUAGAUUUCUGCUUGCUUUUGCAGUUUCUCCAAAGACCCAUAAGUUAUUAGAGUUAAAUGCAAGGGCCAUAAAUAUAUGUAUAUAAUUUCCUUUUUUUCCCCUUUCUCCUACGUAGUUUGGGUUGUCAGUUAGGAGUUGUUACAAGUCUGUGUAUGGACCCAUGUAGGAAGUAUGAUCAGAUGGGUAUUGUUUUGUCCAUUGUACACAUGCCCCUUUCCUCACAUUGUUCUCUCCUUUCCCAUAUUAAACUCCUUGUUGUGGCACUCAAGACUGCAAUGAAGGAAGGAGUUUUAUAUAAAAGGUACAUAUACUUAAUGGAAACUAUUUCAAAUUGAUGACCAUUUUUGGUUUACAAAAAAUUAUUUAUACGAACAUUUCAGUAAAUAUUUUUUUUCUGUUGAAAUCUAUCUCUCCAUUUUUUUUUUUUUGUUUUGUUUUUUUUAAGCCAGUCUGAGAAUUAGUCAGAUGAGCUAAAACUGUUUGUGAAAGUGGGAGCGUGUGAGAGGCGCUCGUGUCUAUAUCACGCUGUCUCACCAGUUACAACUGACUGCCUCUACUGCACCUGUACUGUUUUGAUAUUUAGAAUUUUUAAAUUUCUGUAGUUUUGUAGAGCAUUGUGUUCACUGCUGUUUGUGGAUCCAUAUUAUUGUAAGAUCUUUCUGUGUAUACUGAAUGCUUGUGCUUUCAAUGCAGUAUUCAGGUAAAGCAAUAAAUGUUCUGAUUUUAAAUGUGCAAAUGAGGUGUUUUUUCUUUGUUUUUGUUUUUUUAAUUAUCUAAGAGUUUCUAAUUUUUAUUGUACAUAACUUGUGUUAUCUUUGUAAGCAGUGAACAGGAAUUUCAUCUGCUGCACUACACAUAUACAGUACAUGGAGUGAAGUAGUAAUGCAGACUGGUCCAAAUAUUACCACGAAGUUGCUCUUCUGUAUAAAUAACAUUGUUCAUAAGCUAAUUACAUUAAGUUAAUUUUGUAUACACUUACAUUGUACAUUAAAAACAUGGCCAUUUAAAA